AUGAGGUGUGGGGUGAAGCGUGUGGCGGUUAUCGGCGGGGGGAUUAGCGGGAUGAUGUCAGCAUACGUAAUGGCGAAAGAAGGUGGUAUUGAAGUGGUGGUGUACGAGAAAGAGGGUUGCUUGGGCGGCCACGCUAACACCGUUACCGUUAACGGUACCCAACUCGACAUAGGCUUCCAGGUGUUUAACAGAGUUACGUACCCUAACAUGAUGGAAUUGUACGAGAGCCUUGGAGUCGACAUGGAGCCGUCUGACAUGUCGUUCUCCGUGAGCUUGGCCGACGGCCAAGGCUGCGAAUGGGGGACCCGCAGCUUUUCUAGCUUAUUCGCGCAAAAGAAGAACAUUUUCAGUCCAAGUUUUUGGAAAAUGAUUAGAGAAAUCAAUAAGUUCAACGAAGAUGGAAUUAAAUAUGUAGAAGAGCUAAACAAUAACGAAGACGUUGACCGUAACGAGACAUUGGGGCACUUUGUUCGGUCGCGCGGUUAUUCGGAAUUAUUCGAGAAGGCUUUUCUCAUUCCGACUUGUGCUUCUAUAUGGUCGUGCCCCAAGGAAAUCAUGGACCUCUCGGCUUAUUCCGUACUUUCUUUUCUACGUAAUCACCACGCAUUGCAAGUCUUCGAUCGUCCUCAAUGGCUAACUCCAAAAGAUCGCUCACAAGUUUAUGUCAAUAAGGUGAACAAAGAGCUGGAACGAAGAGGGUGUCAAGUACGAAUCAAUUCCGAAGUUGUUCUAGUUUCAACAAAUGAUGAGGGUUGCAUGAUUACUUGCAAGGAUGGAUCGAAGGAUGUAUACGAUGCCUGCAUAAUUGGUGCACAUGCUCCGGAUGCUCUUAAAAUGUUAGGAGAUCAAGUGACAUAUGAGGAGUCGAGAAUACUUGGCGCAUUUAAAUAUGCUUACAGUGAUAUUUAUGUUCAUCACGACAAGAGCUUAAUGCCCAAGAACCCGGCAGCUUGGAGCGCGUGGAAUUUUCUCGGAACUAAAGAUGAAAAAGUGUAUAUUACAUAUUGGCUCAAUGCAGUACAGAAUAUUGAUGACAAAGGGCUUCCUUUUUUCUCGACCCUAAAUCCACCUUACGAACCGGAAAACACGUUGCUGAAGUGGUCGACCAGCCACCCAAUCCCAUCAGUUGCCGCAACAAAAGCUUCAGCUGAGCUCGAUUCCAUUCAAGGCAAACGGAGGAUAUGGUUUUGUGGAGCGUAUCAAGGCUAUGGCUUCCAUGAGGAUGGACUAAAGGCUGGUGUACGAGCUGCAAACAGUUUGCUGAGAAAAGAUUUCACACUUCAACAAAAUCCCAAGUACAUGACACCAUCUUGGUCUGAAGCAGGGGCCCGCCUUCUUGUGACUCGAUUCUUGAAACAAUUUAUCUCUACCGGCUGCUUAAUUUUACUGGAAGAAGGGGGCACGAUUUUCACCUUUGAAGGCAGCGAUAAGUCAUGCACUGUAAAAGUCUCUUUGAGGAUACAUACACCCCAGUUUUACUGGAAGAUUGCAAAAGAAAGUGAUUUAGGCCUUGCUGAUGCCUACAUUAAUGGGGACUUCACGUUCGUGGACAAGAAGAAAGGCCUCGUCAACCUUUUCAUGGCAAGUGUAAUAAAUAUCAGUAUUGACGUCGUUCAAUAUGUACUUAAAAAUAAUAUGCAUAUAUACGUUUUUAGGGGAUGGUGGACACCAAUGCUAUUCACUUCCGUGCUAUCUUCCGCGAAAUAUUUCUAUAAACAUGUUUCGAGACAAAAUACGCUAACUCAAGCCCGCAAAAACAUCUCACAACAUUAUGACCUUAGCAAUGAACUCUUCUCUCUGUUCUUGGACGAAAGUAUGGCCUACUCAUGCGCAGUGUUUAAGACUCCCGACGAAGACUUGAAGAACGCACAGCUCAGGAAAAUCAAUAUGCUGAUUGAGAAGGCAAGAAUUAAUAAGGAGCAUCACGUGUUAGAGAUUGGAUGCGGUUGGGGAAGUCUGGCAAUUGAAAUUGUCAAAAGAACAGGAUGCAAAUACACCGGCAUAACUCUGUCCGAAAAACAACUUCAAUAUGCAGAAUUGAGAGUGAAAGAAGCUGGCUUGCAGGAUCAAAUCGAGUUCCUUCUGUGCGACUAUCGACAAUUGCCUGAGGGUUGCAAAUACGACAGGAUCAUAUCAUGUGAGAUGUUGGAAGCUGUGGGGCAUGAGUACAUGGAGGAAUUCUUCAGAUGCUGUGAAACUGCAUUAGCAGAUAAUGGUCUCUUUGUACUUCAGUUCAUAUCGAUAGCCGAUGAGAAAUACGACGAAUACAGGCUUAGCCAAGGCUUCAUAAAAGAAUACAUAUUCCCUGGUGGAUGCUUGCCUUCACUCAGCCGUGUAACGUCUGCCAUGGCUACUGCAUCAAGAUUAAGUGUGUCGCACCUGGAAGACAUCGGAAUCCAUUACUAUCAGACGUUAAGGUGUUGGAGGGAAAAUCUCCUCAUAAAUCAAAAUAAAAUCUUGGCUCUGGGAUUUGAUGACAAGUUCAUGCGGACAUGGGAGUAUUACUUCGACUACUGUGCUGCUGGUUUCAAAUUGCGUGUUCUUGGAACUUACCAGGUUGUAUUCAGUCGACCAGGAGAUGUUGCUGCCUUCGGACGUGAUCCGCUCACAAGCACGCCAUUCUGA